AGGCGCUGCUCUUGUGUUUUUUAAAGACCAAAAAGGCGGCAGCUGAGGUUGUAAACAAAUACACGAGAGAACACGUCAUGGUGCGGGCACGCUUACAUGUUAAGUUCCUCGACGAUGCCAACGUGGAGAAAGUCAAGAAUAAGGAGGAAGGAGUUGCAGUUAGAAUUUCAGCACCACUGUCCCAGCGCAAUUGUGGGAGGACACAGAGCUCAUGCAAUGGCUUUGGUUAUGAUGGUGUAGAAUUACCUACAGUGCAAGAGACAGAUGAAGACAACCGGGAUGUUUUCUUUAAACCAACAGAGUUGCUGGGAAACGAAGAAAACCACAUUAGAACAGCCACUGUGUUUGGAUUUCACACUCCAAAGAAAAGAUUGAGCAUGUUGGAGAAAGCUGGGUCUGCUACCAAGACAGGCAAUUCUCCAAGGACACCUCACACCCCCCACUCAACCCACAAAGUCAUCCUAGUACACCAAGGACCCCACAAGACCCCAAAUUCAGCCAUAAAAAACACUUUGAGAACCCCCAAAAGUGCAAGAAGGCUGUCUGUGGCACCAGAUGCUCAAACUCCUUACACUUUCAGGAAAAGAGUAAAGAAUCGCAUUACACAGAUGGUGUGUGAUGAAACUGGUCUUUCUUCUGAUGAGGAUUCAGAUUACAAAAUCACUUCCAGUGAAAGUGAAUCUGAUGCAGAUAACAGUGAAACUGAAGAUGGCGAGUUUCAAGAAAUUUCUGUUCAAACUCCUGGCAAAACUCCAAAGAGGCUGCCUCACCUAACACUCAGGACAAAACCUGGGACUCCUAAAACCCCAUCCAGAACACCAAGAAGGGCAACUAAGAUUAAGGAUGUUAAUAUGGUUAUCAACUCAGAGGAUUACUUUAUUGCCAAUGGAAAUUCAAAGAAGAUAACCACAUCAGACCACACAUUGAGUCACCUCAAGACCUCAGGUUUGUCAGCAGACAUCUUACAGUCCGCACUGUCAGAACUGGCUCCAUCUCAUCCCAAGGAGAGACAGGCACUACUACAAGAACAUGUUGCCUCCUUCCCACGAUGGAUGACUUUCUUGUGUGAGGGCUUCAGUCUGUUUCUGUACGGCCUUGGAAGUAAAAAACAGCUUAUAUCCAUGUUUCAAGAGGAGUGCUUAACUGAUUAUGACCACAUAGUAGUGAAUGGGUUCUUCCCUUCACUUUCUCUAAAAAGUAUUUUAAAUAACAUAACAGAAGACAUUCUGGAUAACUGUGGUGGCUUUCGUGGUGUCCCAGAACAAUUAGAGUACAUUAAGUGUGUAUAUUCAAGAGCUACUGCCAAUCCACUUUUUAUUAUUGUCCACAACCUGGAUGGGCCAAUGCUUCGUGCAGCCAAGACUCAAUCUGUGCUGGCAAACCUGGCUGCCCUCACAAGCAUUCACCUUGUGGCUUCAUUUGACCACAUUAAUGCUCCACUAAUGCUAGACAGUAUAAAGAUGAGACAUUACAAUGCCCUAUGGAUUGAUGCCACCACUCUGGACCACUAUUCAGAAGAGACCUCUUUUGAAAAUUCAUUGCUUUUACAACAGUCUGCAUCACUGACUCUGUCAUCUCUUAUUCAUGUCUUCAAAUCUUUAACUCCAAAUGGCAAAGGAAUAUUUCUACUGUUGGCCAAGUAUCAGACUGACCAGAAAGAUAAUUCUUCAUACAUGGGUAUGUCCUUUGUGGAUCUGCGGCAGCGCUGUUGGGAGAAGUUCCUGGUCAAUUCGGACUUAAGCCUACGUGCUCAGCUUACUGAAUUCAAGGACCACAAGCUAAUCCGCUUUAAGAAAGGGACAGAUGGUGUCGAAACCAUUAUAAUUCCUCUCGAUGAAAUAAAGUUGAAGGAUUUUAUUGAACAACAAGAACUCAGUGAAAUGUAAUGGUUUUGAAAACAGGAGAUGAAUCUAAAGCCAGUGAUGCUCUCAUGAACACAGAUUAAGUGGAUGUCAGAGAAGCACACAUUGUGGAACUUCACAGAUCUAACUGAACCUUUGUCCUCUGCAGUAAACUACAUGAAUAGUAUACAUAAACUUAAAUACUUAGUGUGUAAAACUGAACAUAUAAAUUGGAGCUAUCUAGAACAGGUAUACCACCAAUUAAUCUGGCAACUGAUGAUAUGAUAUCUCAUUGGUCUGGACAAAAUUACAAGAGAGAACUAAAAAUCUUCAUAACUGCCAAAUUAAUUUACUGGAUGGUCACAUAAGGUGUUGUGAGUCUUGUAUACCUAACAUAGAAGACUUGAAAACACCAUUAUGACCAACACAAAAGGGCUAAAACCAUCAAUCUUGGAUUAUGUGAAAAAUUAAAUUACUCAACUUUUAUAAAAAAAUAAAAUAAAUAAAAAGAAUAGAUAAUAGAUAAAUAAAUACUCAUACUGCAUAUAUCAUUGCUAUGUAACAAUUAAAAAAAACAGUUUGUAUGCAUAUGUUAGGAUGGCAGCCAGGAUAUGGGAAAAAUGUUGAUAUGGAGAUGGCAAGCACCACAAGAGUAAAUGUACAUGUAGCCAGGUUAUAGCAGGUGUUGCUGCUGUGAUUAUUGAUGAGAAGUUUGUUGAUGAAUUAUGUGACCUUGGGUGGAAUGGCAUAAUAAUGAGCCUAGCACAGGUGUAGAGCCAAGGAGCUCGGUGAGUAUGUGGUGUUCCUUUAUAACAGUAUUUUAGAAUGGCUUUUUAAGUUUGAAUUAUUUUUUUCAGUAAUAUCUUAUGUUUUACCAUUAAUAAAUAUUUGUAUUUUGUUAUAAA